AUGAAUCCACAAGCAGCAGAAAAAGUCAAGGACCUCAAGGGAGUCCUCGGAAAAGAUUUCUAUUGGGGCUACGCGACAGCUGCAACCCAAGUCGAAGGAGCAUGGAAUGUUGAUGGCAAAGGGAAAUCGAUAUGGGACCAGUUCGCACACACACCUGGCAAAGUCAAGGAUGGCAGCACACCGGAUGAGGCAGUUCUCAGCUACUACAAGACGAAAGAGGAUGUUGCACUCAUGAAGUCAUAUGGAGUUACUGGAUACAGAUUUUCGCUAUCAUGGGCGAGAAUCAUUCCAUUGGGUGGGAAGGAUGAUCCUGUAAACGAGAAGGGAAUUGAAUACUACAAUGGUCUGAUUGAUGAACUACUGGCUAAUGGAAUCACACCUUUCGUGACUCUUUUCCAUUGGGAUAUUCCACAAGCAUUGGAGGAUCGAUAUGGCGGCAUGCUAAACAAAGAUGCAUAUACACCAGAUUUCGUGAGGUAUGCAGAAGUCUGUUUCGAGAGGUUUGGGGACAGAGUCAAGCACUGGAUCACGUACAACGAACCAGGUGUCUACACAUUAGCAGGCUACGCAGCUGGCGUCCACGCUCCAGCCCGAUCUUCAAAUCGCAAACUAAACGAAGAAGGGGAUUCAUCCACGGAACCGUUUAUCGUUGGGCACACUGAGCUCGUCUCACACGCAUACGCUGUCAAGCUCUACCGUGAGAAGUACCAGCCUGAGCAGAAAGGUAUGAUCGGCAUCACACUACACGGUAACUUCUCCUUGCCUUGGGAUGCCAAAGAUCCUCUCGAUGUAGAAGCAGCGCAGAGGGCUCUUGAGUUCGAGAUAGCGUGGUAUGCAGAUCCAGUACACAAAACUGGCGACUACCCCGCCUCAAUGCGAGCUCAGCUUGGAGAUCGUCUGCCGACGUUCACUCCAGAAGAAUCGAAACUCGUACUUGGUAGCUCAGAUUUCUAUGGUAUGAACAGUUAUACGACUUUCUUUGUCCGUCAUAGGAAUGAACUGCCACACAUCGAUGAUCAUUCUGGUAAUGUGGAGAAGUUGGAUACCAAUUCCGAAGGAGUGUCGAGGGGACCGGAGAGUGAUACGUAUUGGCUGAGAACUGCACCGGGGGGAUUUAGGUUGUUACUGAAUUGGAUUUGGAAGAGGUAUGGCGUGCCGAUCUACAUUACUGAGAAUGGAACGACAGCGAAAGGGGAGACUGAGCCAAGCGAGAGUGUCUUGGAUGAUAAAUUCAGAAUUGAAUUCUUCGAGGGGUAUAUUGAGUCCAUCGGACGGGCCGUGAAAGAAGAUGGUGUGGAUGUGAGGAGUUAUUUUGCUUGGACGUUCACAGAUAAUUGGGAAUGGGCUGCGGGGUAUUCGGAUCGUUUUGGUGUUACAUUUGUGGACUUCCAGUCAAAGGAAAAGAAGCGAUACCCAAAGAAAUCGGCGACUGUGAUCAAAGAGCUUUUUCAGCUCAUGGUCAAGUUGGAAUGA